GCGUGCCUUCAUCGGAUCGCCUAUGGUCACCAAUGCCAAUACGUUGCUUGGGUGCUGUUGCCUUUUAUUAAGGGUGACUUCCAAAGCAAUGGUCGAUUGGUUUCGCUUCUCUCCCCUGAUAGUCGGCAACGUUCAGAAGGCUCUUACGUUCUCCGUUGGAUCUGCCGGGCGAGAUUCCGAUUACACCAAACCCGUUUUCUCCAGCGAGUAAGACAUUGCUUAACGCAGUCUGAUUGAUAAGCGCUUUGGCUGUCCAGAAUUGCUUUAAUGACGUAAAAUCCAUUUUCGAUUUUAUAUCCCCUGGGCCUUCUGUCGACGCAGAAAACGAAAGCAGUUUGUUGACGUUAGCUUGCUGAAUUUCCGAGCGGCAUUCAGACAACUCUGCUCUGCCAUCGCAAGCAUGUUCUGCCACAACAAACUGCAAGGCACGGUGUAGCGUUGUCUCUUGCACAGAGCGAACGACAUCCGCUACGACUUUCCCCACUAAUUCGAUGGCCUCAAAACGUAGUAUAUUCUUGGCAGCGGGAUCAAAUUUUGGGACAUUCACUGAACAGUCGGAAGAAAUCUCUGCGCCACUGUCAAGACUAGUGUUGCCUAACAGUUUAAGGUAUUAACGUAACAUAUUUUAAAAAAGACCUAAAAUUCUGUCUCGGAGAUACAGAUCUUUUUUCGUGUGUGGCUUGCAUGCAGAAGCAGCCGCACGUUGACGAAAAACCUGAUGCUGAGCAAGACUAGUUUAGAAAGGGUGUUAAACAUGAUCGAUGAGGCCAAAUCCACAUUAGCGGAAGUUACACCGGAGCAGGUGCAGAGUACAGUCAGUGACCGUGCAUUAGGGACACCAUCCCAGACUGACCUAUCUGAACCGAAUGCGGAGACGAUAACAUUUGAUGCUUUCGAAGAAGCUCUCGCCAAAACGGGCACCAGUAUUGCCAAGGCCGUCGCCGAGCAAGUGGAAUCUUGGGUAAACCUUCAAAGUUCUGCCAAAACACAUCCAGAUAAUGACCUGACGAAUCUUAUCAACAGAAAGGUCAGUGAUCAGCUCAGCCGUCUCACGCAGCAGCACGCACAGCUCCGACACAAUUUAGAGGAUGAAAUAAUAUCUUCCAUUCAGGAGAUUGCAGAACACGGUCCCUCAGCUGACAUCAGCCUGCCGGAAUGGCCAGAAAUGGAGGUUAAGCUCCGUUCAUCAUUAGCAUCGUUUCACAGUCUGCCAGUGGCUCACGACGCUAAAUUUUUACGUCCAUCUGGGCCAGAUCAUUAUGAGCUGGAUCAUGCCGCAGCGGAGUCAAUCUUUCGCGAUGCGAUGAGUUCCAGUUCCACUCAUUUUCAAUCGGCCAUCGACAUCUGCAAGGUUUUAGCGACCUGUACUAAUAUAAACGAAGCCCAUUUCCCUGAACUGGAGAUGGUCGACUCCGAUGAAGAAGACCUGGAAGGACUUGAUGCGGAUAAUUUGGCGGCAGAAACUGGGAUUCUGGAUACACCAAAGACCAAUCAGCAGGCAACAGACGAUUUCAUGCGCUCGUGUUGCGAUGCACUAGAAAUCGACGAAAUGAAAACCGAAAACGACGGUGACAACCCCAACAAAUGGCAAAAUUUGUGGUGGCGAUAUAGCCGUUUGAUCAUUUUUAUGAUCACAGUAGCCGCCCUAUUUCAACUUUACUCUGCUAUCGCCCAAGUGCAACGCACCGUCCAUGCAGAUUUGGAUGCCAUAAAGGGACUAAAUAAAGGCUUGGCAGCUAAAACUUUAGACGGUUAGUUUUUCUUCGGAAUGCUUUUCCACUUAUUCAAACGGUUGUGUAAUUUGGCAAUGCGACUGUUGUAGACGACGAGUGCUUUUGGGUUAUGUUUGUUAAGUCGAUGGGCAAAUGUCCGGGACGUUUUUCCUGUUGCAGCGGUCCGCAAAGUUUUUGGCACUUACAAUUAAAAGCGUUCAUAACUGAAGUAAACAAAUAAAACAAU